CCCGUGUCCCUCUCAGUGUGGAAUCUGACUCGAGUCAGUCAACGUACAAGGAUACGGUUCCCUUCAUUAUUUAUUUUCUUUUAUUCUACCUUUUUUUUUUGUUUAAUCAUUCGUUUACUUCUACGCCUGACGGAGGUUGAAGGGCGAGGGAAGGCUGGUCUGUGAAGAAGGAUCUGAACAAAGAAAACAAACUAACUAAAAAAAAAAAUAACUAGAAUAAAAAGAUAACAAGUGUGAAGAUGUGGUUUCUUCUGCUAAUGAGCCUGACUUCCUUCGCCGACCAGGGAAAUUUUCAAGUCGCAGGUCAGAAUGAGGUAAAUGAGGAAUUCGGCAAGAUGACUGAGCUCGGAAAAGUCUUCAUGAAAUGUCGCAAUGAAAGCUUAAAUUCGCCUGAGGAGUGGACUCUGUUGCAGUGCCUCAAGGAAGAAGGUCUCAUCGAAGGAAGCAAGGUCCGAAAGAGGUCCUUGGGAGGGAAAGACUUGGAACCCUCACGUAAGAGGUGGAGAGGUCGAAAGUUCAGGGGUUUAAAACAGAAGAAGAAAGUAGCGAAGUGUGGGAACACUUACCAAGUGAAGAAAGGAGAAGUUGUAUUGUUUCGGCCAAAGAAAAACGAUUUUUGUGACGUGUUCUUCGAGCCAAGUGGAAACAACAAUUUGCAACUGAGCUGCAAGAAGUUCUCUCUCCUGAAUUGCGACCAGGAGUAUCUUUUGGUAUCCGACGAAAACUCUGAUGACGAGUAUUGCGGAAGGGAUGGACCAGAUAAGAGAACAGUAGCGGAGUUUGUGUAUCUCUUGCACGAAAAGAUCAGUGGCAACAACGCUCGGUCCAAACUCUUGUGUUCCGUCAAGGGGGUUAAGGCAAGCGAUGGUGACGGCGGCGGUAACGGCGGUGACGGUACACAAUUAACGGGAUGUACAAAUGUAUGCGGCGCUGCUCCAGAGGACGCAGGACCAACCAGAAUCGUGGGCGGCGAGGCGGCGACAGCGGGCGAGUACCCGUGGAUGGCCCUGUUGGACAUCAAAACGAGCAAUGGCGGAUUUUUCUGUGGAGGAGCUAUCGUCACGACUACCCAUGUCGUCACAGCGGGUCACUGCGUCGAUCACCAGAACGUGAAGGUAAAAGUCACGGCCGGAGAGUACGACAUCGAUUCUGACAAGGAAACGGACACACAGGUCAUCGACGCUAAAAGAAUCGCCACACAUCCGAAAUAUAACCCGAACACACAGGAAAACGACAUCGCUCUCAUAACACUUAGAAAGGCUCUGGUAUGGAAGAGCAACGUAGGACCUAUCUGCCUCCCUCCCAACAAUAACUUCGAAGGGCGCCUGGCCGUUGUCUCAGGAUGGGGGUCGCUGAAAUACCAGGGGUCAUUUCCGUCGAAACUGAAUGAAGUUGGCGUCACAGUCACAGAGCAGAAGACGUGUCAGAACGCUUACGAAGCCAGUGGCUUCCCUGUCACUAAAAAACACAUCUGUGCAGCCGAUCCCGGGAAGGACUCUUGCCAAGGCGACUCAGGAGGACCACUUUUCAUCAAAGAAGAUGGGAAGUGGGUUUUGAUCGGUGUCGUAAGCUUCGGCAUGGAGUGUGCCCUCGACGGCUUCCCUGGCGUGUACACCCGUGUCACUUCGUACAAUGAUUGGAUCCUCAACAAGGCCUCUUCCGGAUCGUGUUGAUUCAGGCUGCACUGCAUGAUUCAGGACCUCUCCGACGUCGCCUUGUCUUCCUCAGUUCGUCGAAACUGUAUCUCCCUAAAAAUAAAAAAUAAAAACUACA